UUAUGUAAAUUUCGUAUGCCGAAAUUUGUAGAACGGAGCGAAAACGCGGUAACCACGCGUACACGUCGUCUACAAAUUGCAUUAAUCCGGGAUGGAAUCGGUGAAAUUUCGUCGAAUAUAUAUACGAGACAGAGCAGCGGGACGGUAGGGAACGGCGAGGGGCAAGAAGGGACGACGAGCAGCUGUUCCCCGAGGACGUCGACGGCCACGAUAACGAUGACGAUGACGACCACGCCGACAACCCCGACGUCCACGUCCACGAUGACUGUGACGUCAAUGGCAACGGCAUUCGUGCCCGCGGAAUCAGAGGCGUCGAUAUCGUCGACAGAGCAGCAGAGGGAGCAGCAAUGCCACGCGCCAGCCACCGCGCCGGCCACGUCGUCCACCACGUCGCACAUCACGGCCUCCUCGUCCACGGAGGCCGGCAAAUUGUCGACCAACGUCCUCUUCUCCUUACCUGCGUCGCCGAAAAAAUCCGCCUCUGAGUCGUCCACCAAGAUACCGAGCAAUAUAUCCAAAUCUCAAAUGAAAGAAUUCAGGGAAGCGUUCAGACUGUUCGACAAGGACGGGGACGGGAGCAUCACGAAGGAGGAGCUCGGGAGGGUGAUGCGCUCGUUGGGGCAAUUCGCGAGGGCCGAGGAGCUGCGCACCAUGUUGCAGGAGAUCGACAUCGACGGGGAUGGAAAUGUCAGCUUCGAAGAGUUCGUGGAAAUCGUGAGCAACAUAGGUGCGAAUGAAACCGCCCCCACCGAUCAGGAUCAGGAAGAGCAGGAGCUGAGGGAUGCGUUCCGGGUAUUCGAUAAACACAAUCGAGGAUACAUCACCGCAUCCGAUUUGAGGGCAGUGCUGCAAUGUCUCGGCGAGGACUUGUCGGAAGAAGAGAUCGAGGAUAUGAUCAAGGAAGUGGACGUGGACGGAGACGGUCGUAUCGAUUUCUACGAAUUCGUCCACGCGCUCGGAGAGCCGGGGAUCGACGACGACGAGGAGGACGAGGAGGAGGAGGUGCUGUCCCCGGGCUACUAGGAUCUUACUUAUUCUCGUGUCUGUGUUAGAUAGAACGAAUUAACGACGAGCCAGCGGACGACGGACGUACACGUUCGUCGCAUACUUUUCCCCUGCCCCCCCCCCCUCUGACAUUCACUUCGUUGCAUGUAAUUCGAGCGUCGUGGAUCGAAAUUCGAUCCGAUGUUCGAUGAUACGAUUUCUUCGAAAAAAAAAAAGUAUACAUAUAUAUAUAUAUAUCUUUUGCUCGUCUUCGACGUUGUACAUCGAAUGAAGCAAAAAGAAAAGGAAAGGAAAAAAAAGAAGAAAGAAGAGGAAAAAGAAGAAAAGAGUGGAAAGAAGAGAGUGAGGAGAGGCAAGGAAAAUUUUAAAAUUCGCGCCGGCGCGAAAGAUGGUUGCGUUUCGAGCCGAUAGAGCGUGCCACUCUCUGACCCAACGACGAUUAGGUUAUCGCGCCAAUUCGAAACGCGAUGCAAUCACGGCCUAUAGUUGUUAACGCUCGUUUACCUUUGAUCAAGGAUGUCAGAGGAUCUUUUUCGACAAGCAUCUAUCGUAAGGAUUGUAGAUACAACGCUUGGCGUGAUUUUAUGUUAACCGAAUCGGAGCAGAUCUGUUCGAUAAUUAUUAUUUUGCCAGCAAUAUAUCGAAAUAUAUCGAUGAUAUUAAAAUCGUGGCGUCAUCAAGGAAAUUUGAUCGUUUCAAUUUCAACGAGAUUAUUAUUAUUUUCCUUGUAUUAAAAUAAAAAAUUACAUCCUUGAUAUUUAAUUGCAACGUGAGCAAUAUGAAAGAUGUAGUUUAUAAGAGGAAAAAAAAGAAAAAAAAGAAAUCAGCUCGCGUUUCGUGUAACAUAACGUUCCAACAAGCGACGCGUCAUCUAAUCUUCUUCGUUAACUAACUGCUGCAAAGUAUCUAAAGACAGAUGAGUCUUCGUGGAUCGUGCUCGAUGAUUCAAUGCGAUGCGAGACGCGAGAGGUCGAUCACGGGGAAACGGAGACACGACCAUUGAUAAAGAAAAACGAUCUUCUUCUUCUUUUUCUGGAUUAAAAAAAAAAAGAAGAAAGAAAAAGAGAAGAAAGAAAAAGAUUGCAAUGAUUGUGCUCCUUUUCCCAAGACGAACGCCCAUUUCCUCGCUUAAUUACUCGUUCGACGAAUCUCUUGGUGUCCAGGUCGCCCGUGUCGAUCGAUUGGAAGAAGGAAAAAAAAAAAAAGGAAAAAAAAAAGGAAAAAGUAAAAAAAAAGAAAAAAAGAGCGACCGAUUGAUAAUCGAUUUCUUCUCGUAAGAAUAUGUGGAUUUUUCGAUUUUAAUCUCUCUCGUCUAAUCUUGUAUAAGUCACGUACUGUAUUCUCCAUCUAUAAAGUAAAAGUAAACGUAAGAGUUAAGAAGGAAAUCAAGCACCGCAAUAAAAAAAAAAACACGAUCGAUCGCGAUCCGUUUAAAACCGGACGACGAUCAUAGAUUAAUUAUGUUAUUAGGGGUUGUUGCGUUCCCGCCAUUUUUGGAGGGACACGUGACGUGACGUGACGUGAAAAACUGGCGUUUGCACUUGAAAGGGAAAAAGAAAAAAAGAAGAAGAAAAAAAAAACUCUCGAGGAUCCCGAUUCCCCACGCUCGAUUUUUACGAGCGCGGGGAUACAGCAUGUGUCGAGGAAUCGAACGGUUGAAUUGCGAAUUUUAAAUCGAUCUUGAUCGCUUCGCUCUCCUUGAGCUUCGUACUGUGUACCUUAUUAACGAUAUCUCACUGUUACGCCAAAUAAGAGCCGCACGCUGUUUCAAAUAUUUUAAAGGGUCUAAUAAAUCUACUGAACAAAAAUUUUUACCGCUACGUCCAUUUCCUCAUGCAUUAAUCUCCCCCUGUGAAAAUUGUGACGCUGAUCAACACGAGCAAUCGUCAGCAGUGUGAACACUGCUCCUCUUUAUAUAUGUAUAUCUGUUCGCGAGCUCAAACUGUAUAUAUGUUAUUUUCGAUUACUCAAUUUUUUUUAAUACAAAGAUCCACAAAAUAGUCGGCGGAUUGCACGCGUAGGAGACAAGAGACAAAAGUUGAAUUCUUUCAAAUUAUUUUACGGCGACGAUAUUUCGAAGAUAAUAAUCGAUAACAAAUGGCGCAUCCGCAUGAAUAUUCACAACAACAGCCUCGGUUAUUUUUCUUAAACGUUCAUUUUUAUUAGCGAUAAAUAAACUUACAUAUCUUUACAGUAACAACGUCCUCUCGUAACUCUCGGAAAAUAUGGUAAUAUCUAUCCACGAAAAUCCAUACAGAUCGAGAUUUCCUCGUACUCUCUAUUUCCACGUGCCACUCUCUUCCCGUAUAUACGUGUGUUGUUCCUGUCGAUUGGUGUUUCUCGUGUGUCACACAACACAUUUCCACCCCGUCGAAACGGGUCGUAUUUUAUAGAAAUAUCGAUACGACGCGAGAUUCCGUAUUGGGAGGAUCCUACAAUGUUGCAAUGUGUGUGUGUGUGUGUAUUUUUUUUUUUUUUUUUGCAUGCGGUCUACGUACACGCACCGGAGCUUUUACGCUUCCUCCGAAUAAAAUCCUAACGAUAGCGAGCGUACACUGUUGUCCUGAACCUAAACGAAACGAAAACGCUCGAAGACGAGUUCGUUAAGUAUCGAGCCGAAAAUUCUCUUGUUCGAUUAUUAUCGAUCAUCAUAAUCGUCCAAUACCCCAUAUAUCCGCCGUGUUUGACGAUCGUAUCGUCCAAUUUUCGUUCAUUCCAUUCUUCAGAAUGAAUUUCUUCCACGGGUGCCAUUCUGCUUUGACUGGUUUCGCUUCUUUCUUUUUUUCUUUUUUUUUGGUCUUGAAAACGUGUAAUCUACAAUGGCUGGAUAAUCGUUCCUGUCGCGCGAAUCCCAGUACGUUGGACAUGGCGAACAUCGAAUAUCCAAAAAAAAAAAAAAAAAAAAAAAA